AUGGCCAGCCGGACGCUGCCCAUCCUGCUUCUCUGCCUGCUGCUGCUGCAGACCCAGGGACACUUCUGGAGAAGGAAAACCCAAGCAAGGCCCCAGGGAUCGAAGCCAAACUACGCAAAGGCCUGUGAGGUGCGACCCAGCCCAUAUCUUUGCACACACCGCUGUUCGUAUUUCCUGGAGUGUACAAAAGCGAACACCGUGUGCUGCUCGACCUUCUGUGGGAACGUGUGUAUGAAUGUCCUGUGA